AUGUCACUAUUGACUAACAGAAAGCGUCCAAGAGGGUAUAGUGAAAACUUUGCUCCUCUGCAAUCGGCAACACUAAAUUCAUCGUAUCAGCAGCAGCAGCAACAACUGCAGCAACAACAACAACUGCAACUGCAGUUUUUACAACACCAAAGUCAACAAAGUCAGCAAUAUGACUCAUCACAGUCUGCUCAGUCUAAUCAAUAUGACCAAAUGCACUCGUUCGAGGGCACAUCUAUGAGCUCAUUUGCUCAAAAUUCGAACUUCGGGUAUAAUAACUCCGCGGUCGGAUUCAGCCCACACUUGCAACCCAAGAAAUCAAAAUUUAGCAAUCCGUUCUUGCUGGUUGAAGAGAAUGAUGCUAUUUUAGAUGAUGGAGAAACAGACACGUUUGCUUUGGACGAUGUUGAUGAAGGUGGUGGUACAAGUAACGAUAAUGUCAUUACCGGAGACGAGGAUGAUGAGUAUGAUGAUGAUAUCAUUAUUAUUGACGAAAGGGAUGUUGUCCCCCGUGGUAAGAGAAACAAUAGUGAUUCAAUUUUGAUUAACCCCGAUGCACAGGAAGCUUACAACCUUUUCAAUGUUAAUCAAUUUGAGAUUGAUAAAUCCACGAGAGCAAAGAAGCAGCGAACUAGUUCGCUACCUCAAUUACCUCAGGUAAAGUGUUUUUACAACAAACUACCCAACAACUAUAUACUACAAACGCCGAAGUUGGGUAAUAUAAAGACUAAUGUUAUACCGCAUCAGAAUAAUUUACCGCCAUGCGACGAUGAAAAUGGGCACUAUAUCAUCAAAAUCAAUGAUUCUUUUGCUAACCGUUUUGUGAUUGUGAAGUUAUUGGGUCAGGGCACAUUUGGAAAGGUUGUUCAAUGCUUUGAUAAGGUCAAUAGGGAACAAGUUGCAAUAAAAAUUAUUCGAAACAUUCAGAAAUAUAGGGACGCAGCAAAGAUUGAAUUGAGAAUAUUAUCAACGUUAAAGAAGUUUGAUAAUGCCAAUAAGAACCAUUGCAUUCAUUUGCGUGAAUGCUUCGACUACCGUGGCCACAUUUGCAUCGUCACUGACUUGUUGAAGAUUUCAUUGUACGAUUUCUUGGAAAACAAUAAAUUCAUUUCGUUUCCUGGAAGUCAUAUACAAGCUAUAUCCAAACAAUUGAUAAGAUCAGUCACUUUCCUUCAUGAUUUAAACUUGAUUCACACAGAUCUCAAGCCAGAAAAUAUAUUGCUACAUGAUGACUCAUUCACGAAAAAACAAUUGUACAGCUCCACCAUCAAGAGCGCGUUUAUGAAUCUCGCAGCCCCAGCCGCAUCACCCAAGAGCAAUACCAAGAGAGUUCCCAAGACAUCUAAAGUGCUAAAAAAUCCAUUGAUUCAGGUUAUUGACUUUGGCAGUGCUAUUUUUGAUGAUGAGUACCACUCACUGAUUGUUUCAACGCGGCAUUAUCGUGCACCAGAAAUUGUUUUGGGAACUGGUUGGUCAUUCCCGUGUGAUAUGUGGUCAAUUGGUUGCAUUUUGGUGGAGCUUAUUAUUGGUGAGCCUUUAUUCAAAACACAUGAUAACCUAGAGCAUUUGGCUAUGAUUGAAAGGAUUGCUGGUUACAGAAUCGAUAGAGAGAUGGUAAAAUUGUCGAAAUUGAAUGAAAACGAAUGCGGACUUGAAUAUUUUACCAACGAGUAUGUUGGUGGCCCUUUGGAUGACGACCAACUAGUGCAUACGUCUGCUCGGGACUCCCCAUCUGGCACGACAUCAAUAUCGUCAUGCUCCGAUGAUGAUGAAGCGGAGGUUGUUCGUAAUGUUAGUUCUGUUGGUCUUGAUAGUGAUGCUGACUAUGAUCUUACUCGUCGUCGUCGUAAUGUACACGAGAUGGAUGACUCUGAUGACUCUGACGAUGACGUCAUUUUCGAUGAAGAGAGGACGUUGGCAAACUCUUUGGUUUUAAAGUUCCCGACGGCAUCAACUCCUCAAAAGUUUAUCAAUGCAGUGGACGAGUUAUCAAGAAUUGAUUUGUUUAUCAGUUCACGAAUUGGGUUAAGAAUCAAUUUCGAUUACUCGUUGAAUCAAAAUUAUGAGGAAAAUAAACAUUUGAUUAAUUUUGGAAAUUUUACAUUUUGGUGGUUUUUCAUUGAUUUGUUGAAGAAGUUGUUUGUGAUUAAUCCUAGAGAUCGAAUUACGGCAUUGGAGGCGUUGAACCAUCCAUGGUUUAAUUUAGGUAUACAGGAUGAAGGCACAGUCUAG